ACAGAUGUCAGCAAGAGAUAGACCAAGUACUGGAAGGGAAGUAUCGGGCCAGUUUUGAAGACAGGAACGAGAUGCCUUACACCCAGGCUGUGAUUCAUGAAGUGCAGAGAGUUGCCAACACUGUUCCUCUCAGUGUCUUCCACCGCACAACUACAGACACAGAGCUCAUGGGAUAUUCCAUUCCCAAGGGAACAAUGAUCAUUGAGAAUCUGACCUCAGUGCUCAACGAGGAGGGACAGUGGAAAUUCCCUCAUGAAUUCAACCCUGAAAACUUCCUUGAUGACAAAGGAGAGUUUGUUAAACCAGAGGCCUUCAUGCCUUUCUCUGCAGGUCCUCGGGUGUGUCUCGGAGAGGGUCUGGCUCGCAUGGAGCUCUUUCUCAUCAUGGUGACUCUGCUGAGGAAGUUUAAAUUCAUCUGGCCCGAGGAUGCAGGAGAACCAGACUUCACUCCAGUCUUUGGGAUCACAAUGACUCCCAAACCUUACCGCAUGAAGGUCCAACUAAGAAGGCCACAGUGAGGCAGUGUGAAUACAAAGAAGCAGAUGGAAAUAGAAUGCCAGUUAGUUUAGAAAGGUCAUUUUAAAAUAGGAAAUACACUGACUCAUCCUGCUAGGAAUGAGCUGGGAUGAGACAGCAUUUAUGUAAUGGUUCUCAAAUGGUAGGAAAUAGCAAAGGGAAAAUAUUAGAAAAGCAAAGCUGAAUGACUCUGAUUUAUGUAGGAAAAAGACAAUAAACAAGAUGCUCACACAC